AUGUAUCUGGUUCUGCUUUUCAAAAUCUGUUUCAACUGCAAAGAAGCAUCCCUGUUCUGCAUAGGGCAAAAUGUAUGCCUCAGACAAAAUCGAGUUAUAUUGCCCCGGCACAACCGAACUUGUGGAAUGUCAACAACCUUGACUUUAACGUCUAACAAACAAGCAUUCAGCUGCGAUGGCACACCAGGUAACAAAAAUGCUUGCGGGCGAAGGUACCUGCCGGAAGUCGGCCAAACAACUCUCCCGCUGUUCAUCAAGUCAAUCAAUUUCGAUUCUACCUUUGUCGGUAAUUAUGAUCAAAGUUGUACGCAGCAGUAUCAAAACCAGCUGCAGUCGCCGGAGCACCAACAGCCAUCAUCCUCAUUGGAGAACCAACAUUCGUCCCACAAACCUUCUCAACAUCAUCUCUUACAACAAAACGACCAAUUGAAUCAAAACAUAGAUCGACAUUUUAUGUAUCAGCAACGUAAGCAACAAAACAAGCUGAUCAACAAUUACCAUCAUUACCAACAUAAACAACAACAUUACCACGAGUUUCAGCAUCCGUUCAAUUAUAUAACGUUAGAAGGAUCAUACUACGUUGCCUAUUUAAAAGUGGCUCAAUGUCAACCAGCCAGAGCCACGCGAACCUGGGGCCACGAGCCCAAAAUACGAACGAACCCACACAGCAGCGAAAAUUCGAAGAUCAUUAUCGCAGACCCCAUGCAAUCGAAUAUAGUCGAUGACGUCAUAACGGCUUUCCACUAUUACGCAAAAACCACCUCCAUACAGCACGUUGUCUACUUCCAGGUUUGGAGGCCACAGAAGAAAACUACCAACAAGCGGUUAUUAUAA